CGAACAGUUUUCCCGCGGUGUUUCGCGCGGCAUCUCCUCUUUGUGGGCCCUUGAAAAGCUUCGCCAGCGACAAAUCCUCAAGAGUUCCUCGUCAUCUCAGCUAAUGCGCGGUGAUAGUGAAGCAUUUAAGUGGUUUAAGUGCUAUAUUGUGGCCAUAACAUAAUAAACUAAAAUUCUAUUGUGCUUCCUUUCAACGCCAUCCGAGGGACUGUGUUAUGGUUACCACGUGCGACUAGCUUCAAGCAAACACUGCUGACAAUAUUUCUCAAACAAUUAUUGCAAAUCGUCUGUGUUGUGGAUUGAGGCAAAUUACAGCAAAAUGGAGCACUAAUGAAAGCACCCAUUAGUGAUAAUGAAGGGAAUUUAUGCAGCAUAGGAUAUAUUUAAAUGAUGACAAUGAAUAUGAAGUAAGAUGAAGUGGAGGCUGCCAGGAAGAGUGCUAAUGAGUGGCAAGAGGAGCAUCAGAUAAUCUAAUUGGCCAUUCGUCUCAGUAUUGCCGAAUUGCGUGAAAUAUGGCAUCGGAAGGACUUCUGCACGAGCUAUUUGGCAUUAAUAAGUCAGCCCCGAAUUAUAUCUUGGACAAGACAGUCGCCGAUGUGUAUGCCACGAGCUAUCCAUAUCUCAUUCCCGCAAAUGAAGAUUUCAUCGGCCAAUACAGCCCCAAUAGGACCUUCUUCGUGAUGGACGAGCGCCAGAGAGAAUAUAAUGAGACUGACUGCUCCAGCGACUACAAUUCGCACGACACCAUCCUAUCAAGCGCCUACUUUCAAACGAUGGUGUACUGCCUAUACAUCAGCAUCCUCCUUAUGGCCCUCAUCGGCAACGGCAUUGUUUGCUUCAUUGUUCAAUCAUCGCCGAGGAUGAAAACCGUCACCAAUUACUUUUUAUUCAAUUUGGCACUAGGUGACAUUCUGAUGUCAGUGUUUUGUGUGCCAUUCUCUUUCGUACCCACAAUUCUCCUGCAAUUCUGGCCAUUCGGGACUGUGCUCUGUCAUUUAGUUAAUUACUCGCAAGCCAUUUCCGUUUUAGUCAGCGCAUACACACUCGUUGCGAUCAGUGUGGAUCGAUACAUUGUCAUUAUGUGGCCACUGAGACCAAGAAUCACAAAGAGAUAUGCGAAAUGCAUCAUUGCGGCGGUGUGGGUAAUCGCUCUCGUUACCGCCUUCCCAAUUAUCAUUGUCUCCAAGUUGUAUCAGCCGGAAGGAUGGCAUCAAAAGUGUGACAAGUACAUUUGUCGUGAAGAUUGGAGUGAGGACAGUCAGUACUUUUAUUACACAUUAGCUUUAAUGACAUUGCAAUUUGUAAUUCCAAUUGUUGUUCUGUGCUUCACAUACAUUCGCAUUGCAAUCGCUGUUUGGGGUAAGAGACCACCGGGGGAAGCAGAGAAUUCGAGGGAUCAGAAAAUGGCCCGAUCAAAGCGAAAGAUGAUUAAAAUGAUGGUGACCGUCGUUAUUGUGUUUACAGUGUGCUGGCUUCCCUUUAACAUUUUAGUGCUACUCCUGGACGACGAGCAGGUCCAAUCGUGGCAACUGCUUCCCUACUUCUGGUUCGGAUGCCACUGGCUGGCCAUGGCUCACAGUUGCUGUAACCCAAUUAUUUAUUGCUACAUGAACGAACGCUUCCGCCUGGGCUUCAUGAAGGUCCUCCACGACAUCCCACUCGUGCGGCGGUGCUGGUGCGUCCGACAGUGCGCCCGCGGCCGCGGCGGUAGCAUCGGGGCCGGCGGCCUAGCGCUCACUGGAAUCGACGAAACCUCUCAGUUACAUCGUGUCAACACAUGCACAACAUACAUCAGUUCACGGAGGAAGGCUGUCGGCAAGACACCAAUAUUGCCGACACCCUGUUCGUGUGCGGAGACAACACUACUUCGGUGAUGCGAGAGAGAACAUGAUAAUAGCCAAGACACGCUAUGAGUCGCAGAUGCGGUAGAUUUGCGUUUUCGAGCACUGGCGCUCGAAAUCUGACAUAUCGACUUUGAAUUAUCACAGAAGAAUACAUACAUACAUAGUGUACAUUCAUGUGACCGUUGUACCGAUGUUUCCUCCCUUGAAACCAUUGAAACUUUCCUUAGAUUUACGUCCCAAUUUAUCAUACAUUGACCUGUAGUACAUUGAAUAGUAGGGCUUUUAUAAUUUUUAGGCGUGGAAGAGAAGAUUUGUGGUUACCCAGUUUUUCCCAUAGCUGGAAAUGUGUGAAUUUUGUAGACUCUGUUGAAGGAAUAAAUAAAUUUUAUUGAAGAUA